AUGCCCAGUCCUUCCCAAGACAACCAAGGGUGCCUCCGGAAACAUUUCUCCAGGCCGUCUGCGUGGAAGCAAUUCCUGCUCCUGCCCAGGGCUGAGGGAUAUAAAGCAAACAUUCACCAAACCGUGGAAAAUGAAGGCAGCACCGAGGUCAAGCUCCCAGACUUGCCCGCUGCCCCGAAGCUGCUCGGUCUCCUUUUUAGCAAGCUCUCUGGCCUCGCGCGAUGCUUCUCUCAUCUUCUCCGGCCCCCUCCUGGGGGUCCCCAGUGGCGCCCGGACUUCUCCCUCCAGCUUCUCGCUUGCUUCCUACCAGCUGGGCUCUCACGGGGGUAUGGGGAGCGACCGGGCCGCCUCUUGCUCCUUCUGGGGUCAGCUCUGACACUGCCCAGCCGACCUCCAGGGGGCCGCCCGCCCAGAGAAGAGGACGUCUGUACUGGGCAGAGCUCGCCCAUGCCCCCCAUGAGAUCUGAGCAGACGGAGAUGCGGAAACGGCAGAUGCCUGCACCCCAAGAGACCACCGGCUCCAUGCCAGACCAGCCCGGAGCAGGGGACCACGGGUCCAACGCCUGCUGCUUUUGCUGGUGCUGCUGCUGCAGCUGUUCCUGUCUUACUGUUAGAAACCAAGAAGAACAGAGACCCAGGAGGCCCUCCCAUGAACUCAGAAGAGAAGACCUUCCAACCUGUGAAGAAAGCCCAAGUCCCACCCUGGAGGAAGUCAGUGCCUGGGCUCAGUCCUUCGACAAGGUAAUGCUCACUCCAGCGGGAAGGAAUGCUUUUCGGGAAUUCCUCCGAACAGAGUUCAGUGAAGAAAAUAUGCUUUUCUGGAUGGCGUGUGAGGAACUGAAAAAGGAAGCUAAUAAAACGAUCAUUGAAGAGAAAGCAAGGAUAAUCUAUGAAGACUACAUUUCUAUUCUUUCUCCGAAAGAGGUCAGUUUGGACUCCCGAGUAAGAGAAGUCAUCAAUAGGAAUAUGGUGGAGCCAUCCCAACACAUAUUUGAUGAUGCACAACUCCAGAUCUACACCUUAAUGCACAGAGACUCCUAUCCCCGGUUCAUGAACUCUGCCCUUUAUAAAGAUCUGCUUCAGUCCUUAGCUGAGAAAUCAGUUGAAGCAUAGGAUGUUAUCAAAUAUAUUUAUUAUUAAUAAAAUAAUAAAAGAACUGAUGGACUACAUCUAGUACAGGGAACUUAUAGGUAGUAGUACCUUCUACUAGAGUAAUACUUGGGCUGUUUUAAUAAACAGAUGCUUCCUUUUACAGAAGCCUAUAUAUUCACAAUGUAAACUGUGGCCACCUGUACUGAUACUUUCGGGGGGGAAGUGGGGUAUGGCCGUCUUAGAAAAAGAUAGGAUAGUUACAUUUACGGUCACCGCAGCAUGUCGUCAAUGGCGCAGAGAUACUCUAGAAGACUCCUACUGCCUGGGGCACGUGCGUCCCAUUGGAGCCAAGAGGAUUGCCUUUGUUUUGCAUGAGUGCAGUAUCUGAUGACUCUCCUCCCAAGGAAAAGGCCUUCAAGUGUUUCUUAGCUACUCCUUCCUUCCGUCUGGCUGCUUUGAAUAUUUUGCUUCUCAGUGCCAUCACAGAACCCAAAUUCCCAUUUUAUAAAGAUGUGUCACCACUACUUAUAAAAUGGAAUUCCGCUUUUAUCUUAGAAUCUGUGUAUGUGUGUGCACGUGUGUUUCUAACGGUUAAUGAAAGUACUGUGCUCUUAAGUGGAUCAGUCGCACCUGUUUGGUAAGAGAAGUAGUGUUUAGAAAAUGCAUUGGUUGAAAAGUUACCAUGAUUUUAUUAUCAGAAUCUGCCAACUUAGAGAAUGAAUUUUUAAUUCGCAACUUAGUCCCAUUCAUAACGGAACUUUCAAAUAAGUGUAUUUCCAUUUUUAUUAUUCAAAGAAAUAUGGGCAUUUUCAGUCUAAAAAAAUAAAGCACAAGAGUUUUAUCUCCAUUUUUAUUCCACAUGUUAAAUACUGGGGACUCUAAGAUGAAGUAAGUAGGGAGAUCUGCAAGGUAUCAUUUAGCUACCAGGCUAGGAUUCUGACUUUUUUAAAAGUUUUUUUGAAGAUUUAUUUAUUUAUUUGAUAGACAGAGGCACAGCAAG